AUGGCCCGACCCAUGCCGCCCCCGACGCGUAGCGUGCCGGUGCAGACCGCGUCUCCGACCGCCGCGCCGUCUCACGCUGAAUUUUUGUUGAACCAAACGCGCCAGAAUGUUGCGCAGCUGUCUGCAACUGGCGCGCUCGACUCGAUGCUCUGCCGUCAGCUCGAGUCGCUCCUGAACACGGCCACGAUCCGUGUGCCGGAUCUUCCUGCGCGCACCGAGUCGGCGGUCGUUCCCAAAUCGGAGAAGGAGAGCCUCUCGGCGAAGAACAAGUGGACACGCGAGGUGCUCGCGAAUUCGGACCUGCUUCCGAACCUGGUCGACGCUGCAUUAUCGGUGGCCGCAGGGCCGCUACUUUCCUCGUCGCAGCGCCAGUCAAUUGUGCAGGUCGUGUCGAUUUCGCAGGACCGCAUCGCGAAUGCGAUUACCGACCCCUCUCGCCAGCGCUCGGCCCAGAGCUUCACGACAACAUCGGCCAAGGCGGCGCACCAGGGCAUCAAGAGCGGACUUCAAAACGCGGGAGAGAGCCUCGACCGCUGGUCGAAGAAGCGCGAAAUGACCGCAGAGGAAAAACGUACCGAAAAACUGGCGCAGCAGGCAUUCCAGGAGGAACUCAAGCGCGAGCGCGAUAUGUUUGCGGACGGGCGCAAGCCUAACGUGUCGGACUCGAUUGGCUCCGCACAGACCUCGCUGUCGAGCAUGAACCUGAAAGACACGCACGGCGCAGAGGGCGUUUCGCUCGCCCCCGACAACCCGGCCUCGGCGAGCGUCGUUGCGCUCCCGUCCGAGCACGUGUCGAUGGACAGCCAAACGGGUGCUGUGACGACCACCUUUACGCCAUGGCCCGGCUUGGUGCUCACCAGCACGAUUGUGGCCACCACGGGCGAGUCUUCCGAAACGUCGGGUGGUGGCCUGGAUACGGGCCGUGCGCUUCCGCCGCCCCCGCCGACGGCGGGCGGCGCGCCUCCCCCGACGCCGCCGUCGGGUCCCAAUUUUCCUCCGCCCCCGCCUCGCCAUGCCCCGCCGCCUCCGCAGCAAUCGUUCGCCCCUCCCCCGGUCCAUGGUCACGCUCCCCAAGCAGCACCGCCUAUGCAGCAACGCAUUGUCCAAGGCCAAGCGCCCAGUAUGAGUUACAUGAACCCCCCGCCAUACUGA